CUAAGAUGGCGGCGGCCGGUUUAGCGGGUCGCCUCGCCGGCCGGCGCCUUCUAUGGACCAGGCUGAGCCCCCUCCACGCGCGGCGCUCCGUGAAGCGGUUUGUAUGUCUUGGGAGAAGCAAAUGCACAGCUACCAAAGAAGUACUCCAAGUUGCUGUAAAUGUUCCUGAGACAAAGUUAUCAUGCCUGGAAAAUGGCUUAAGAGUCUCUUCUGAAGAUUCUGGACUUUCUACAUGCACAGUGGGACUUUGGAUUGACGCAGGAAGCAGAUAUGAGAAUGAGAAAAACAAUGGAACAGCCCACUUCCUGGAGCACAUGGCUUUUAAGGGAACAAAAAAGAGAUCUCAAUUGGACCUAGAGCUUGAAAUUGAAAACAUGGGAGCUCACCUGAAUGCAUAUACUUCAAGAGAACAAACUGUCUAUUAUGCGAAGGCUUUCUCAAAAGACUUGCCAAGAGCUGUGGAGAUUCUUGCUGACAUCAUACAGAACAGCACGCUUGGGGAGGCAGAGAUUGAGCGGGAGCGUGGUGUGAUCCUUCGAGAGAUGCAGGAAGUUGAGACCAAUUUGCAGGAAGUCGUCUUUGAUUACCUACAUGCCACAGCCUAUCGAGAGACCGCACUAGGACGGACUAUUUUAGGACCCACAGAAAAUAUCAAGUCCAUAACCCGUAAUGAUUUGGUGGAAUAUAUAACAACACAUUACAAAGGACCUAGGAUGGUAUUGGCUGCUGCUGGAGGAGUCCCUCAUGAUGAGUUGCUUGAUUUAGCAAAGUAUCACUUUGGUAACUUACCGUCUACGGUGAAAGAAGGUGCACCAGCCCUACCCCCCUGCCGGUUCACGGGCAGUGAAAUUCGAGUGCGGGAUGAUAAGAUGCCCUUGGCGCACAUUGCAAUAGCUGUUGAGGCUGCUGGCUGGAGCCACCCAGACACCAUUCCUCUCAUGGUGGCAAAUACACUGAUAGGCAACUGGGACCGGUCCUUUGGAGGUGGUGUGAAUCUGUCCAGUAAGCUUGCUCAAGUUGCAUGUCAUGGCAACCUUUGCCAUAGUUUCCAGUCCUUCAACACUUGUUACACUGAUACUGGGCUGUGGGGUGUCUACAUGGUUUGUGAGGCAACCACCAUAGAAGAGAUGACGCACUUUGUUCAGAGAGAAUGGGUAAGGUUGUGCACUAGCAUUACUGACAGUGAAGUUGCCCGUGCCAGGAAUCUUCUGAAAACUAACAUGCUGUUACAGCUGGAUGGUUCCACUCCCAUUUGUGAAGACAUCGGACGACAAAUGCUGUGUUACAAUCGCCGAAUCCCAAUUCCUGAACUUGAAGCAAGAAUUGAAGCAAUUGAUGCUGAAACAAUCAGGGAUGUUUGCACAAAGUAUAUCUAUGACAAGUGUCCUGCUGUUGCUGCUGUGGGGCCGCUGGAACAGCUCCCCGAUUACAACCGACUCUGCAGCGGCAUGUACUGGCUUCGAGUUUAACAGGACAGUCUUUAUAAAGCUUUCUUACGGACAGAAGGGACAUUUAAAUAGAGACUGCUACACAGCUCUAGAGACUGGAAAUUGGUAUUUCGUCUACUAAAACACAUGUCUUAUGUAUAGCAAGCCCAAACAAGCACUGAGAAAGAGGAAGGAGACAAGUCUUUUUUAAAAAGUACAAAACUCAUUCAGCAUAUCAUAUUUUGUCUUCAGUUGAUAAUAGCUGCACCAGUCCUAAUGAAUCUCCAAAUAAAUUCAAGUCUAUCAACUUGAAACUGUAUGGCUGUUUGAAGAACAAAAAUACUCCAUGUGUUGUAUUUGCAUUUUUAUUAUAAAACAAAACACAUUUAAGAUUGUCA